CAAUCCAAACCACACAUUCAUUCAUCCCCACACUUAAAUUGAAGAAAAAAAACUAAAAAGGAAAUUUUGCUCUCUUCUCAAUAACUGCUUCAUAGUUCGUGACAAGUCAAAUAAACAACACAAAAACAAAACCAAAAAAACAUCGAAAGUACAUUUGAAUUCUGUUAAGAAAUUGUUGGUCGGGAUCGGAAUACCGCAUUAAUUCGUUCGAUGGGUACCGUCAUCGACUCCCAUUUCUUGGCCCUCACUGCCAUUGUCACUGUGGGUUAUCAAUUGCUCUUCUUUAUAAUCACAGCGCUUCUUAAGUUCGACAAAGUCACAGACUUUGCAGGUAGCACCAAUUUUAUUAUACUUGCUGUGUUGACCUUGGUUGUGAAAGGAUCAUGGCACUUUCGGCAGGUGGUUUUGUCCAUGCUUGUAGUCGUCUGGGGCCUUCGUCUGGGACUGUUUCUAUUAAUGAGGAUACUGCGAUGGGGGGAGGACCGACGCUUCGACGAAAUGCGCGAUAAUUUGGCAAAAUUAGCCGUCUUUUGGAUUUUUCAGGCUGUGUGGGUAUGGACUGUGAGUUUACCUCUGACAGUUGUUAAUGCAAGUUCUCGAAAUCCUUCCAUUGAGGCUGCAGAUAUUAUCGGGUGGAUUAUGUGGGCUAUAGGCCUUUUUGUCGAAGCAACUUCGGACCAGCAAAAAUUAAUAUUUAAAAAUGCUCCGGAAAAUCGGGGGAAAUGGUGCGAUGUUGGACUUUGGAAAUACUCCCGCCACCCCAACUAUUUUGGCGAGAUAUUUCUGUGGUGGGGAAUUUUUGUGGCUGCAACUCCUGUACUAAAAAAUGCCGAAUGGCUUGUCAUCUUAGGGCCGAUAUUUCUUACAUUAUUGCUUCUUUUCAUCAGCGGUCUACCGCUUCUCGAGGAAUCAGCGGACAAAAAGUACGGGAAUGUUUCUACAUACAUGCACUAUAAAAGAACGACGAGUCCUCUCAUCUUGCUCCCCCCGGCACUGUACGGGAAAUUGCCGGCAUGGUUUAAAACUGCUUUUCUAUUUGAGUUUCCUCUCUACAGUCGCAGUCUUCCCCUCGAAAACUGGAAUAGAAAUAGCCAGCAAAGGAGCAAUGCCGGGAAGAUUAGUUAAGUGAUUUUAACGAUCCAUCUGCAAACUGCUGCUCUUCGACCCGAAAGCUGGCAAUUUCUGCCCCAUUUCGUGUUUCUACGGUUUUAUAGGAUUUCUUUUAUCUUUGACUCUGUGUAUUGUUCUUCUGCCCUAGUUUUAUCACCAUUUCACGUAUAUCAUUAAAAAAAAUAUUGGAAAUUCAUUUGUGCGUGCUUAGUAUACGAAACCCAAUCUUUUGUUUC